CUGUAGCCUUCAAAAUCCAAAGAAAAUGGUCUUUCGUCGCCCAAAAAAUUACGAAAAUGUCAUCCGAAAUUAAAUUGGGCCAAAUCGGUGCUUAAUGGACUUAUCAUCUGCGGAUAAUAGGAUCAAUAGACUUCAUUAUUCGUGGAUAAUAGUCUCAGCCUGAAUGCGUGAUCUGUAGCCUCCAGAAUCAAAAGAAAAUGGCAUUUCGAGAAAAUCGCCCAAAAUCUGUAAUGGUACCCCUUUGGAUUUUGCCAAAAAUUGACCGGGAAUAUAUCCACCCAAAUCUGUGCUAAACGGACGUAAUCAUCAUUGAAGAAUAUCCUCAGGCAGAAUCCGUGAUCUGUAGCCUUCAAAGUCCAAAGAAAAUGGCCUUCCGUCACCCAAAAAUUAACGAAAAUGUCAUCCGAAAAUUAAUUGGGCCAAAUCGGUGCUUAAUGGACUUGUCAUCUGCGGAGAAUAGGAUCAAUAGACUUCAUUAACGGUGGAGUAUAGCCUCUGCCUGAAUCCGUGAUCCCUAGCCUACAGAAUCGAAACAAAAUAGCAUUUCGGGAAAAUCCCCCAAAAUCUGUGAUGGUACCCCUUUGGAAUCUGCCAAAAAUUGACCCGGAAUAAAUUCGCCCAAAUCCAUGAUUAAUGGAUUCAAUCUUUGUUGAAGAAUAGCCUCAGACCGAAUCCGUGCUUGGUAGCCUUCAAAAUCCAAAGAAAAUGACCUUUCGUCGCCGAAAAAAUUACGAAAAUGUCAUCCGAAAAUAAAUUGGUCCAAAUCGUUGCUUAAUGGACUUAUCAUCUGCAGAUAAUAGGAUCAAUAGACUUCAUUAUCAGUGGAUAAUAGCCUCGGCCUGAAUCCGUGAUCUGUAGUCUCCAGAAUCAAAAGAAAAUGGCAUUUCGAGAAAAUCGUCCAAAAUCUGUUAUGGUACCCAUUUGGACUCUGCCAAAAAUUGACCAGGAAUAAAUCCACCCAAAUCUAUGCCUAACGGACGUAAUCAUCAUUGAAGAAUAUCCUCAGGCAGAAUCCGUGAUCUGUGGCCUUCAAUAUCCAAAGAAAAUGGCGUUUCGUCGCCCAAAAAAUUACGAAAAUGUCAUCCCAAAAUUAAUUGGGCCAAAUCGGUGCUUAAUGGACUUGUCAUCUGCGGAGAAUAGGAUCAAUAGACUUCAUUAUCGGUGGAGUAUAGCCUCUGCCUGAAUCCGUGAUCACUAGGUUCCAUAAUCGAAACAAAAUGGCAUUUCGGGAAAAUCGCCCAAAAUCUGUGAUGGUACCCCUUUGGAAUCCGCCAAAAUUUGACCCGGAAUAAAUUCGCCCAAAUCGGUGCUUAAUGGACUUAAUCAGCGUCGAUGAAUAGCCUCAGGCCGAAUCCGUGAUCUGUAGCCUUCAAAAUCCCAAGGAAAUGGCCUUUCGUCGCCCAAAAAAUUACGAAAAUGCUAUCCCAAAAUAAAUUGGCCCAAAUCGGUCCUUAAUGGACUUGUCAUCCGCGGAGAAUAAGAUCAAUAGACUUCAUUAACGGUGGAGUAUAGCCUCUGCCUGAAUCCGUGAUCACUAGCCUACAGAAUCGAAACAAAAUGGCAUUUCAGAAAAAUCGCCGAAAAUCUGUGAUGGUACCCCUUUGGAAUCCGCCAAAAAUUGACCCGGAAUAAAUUCGCCAAAAUCCAUGCUUAAUGGACUCAAUCAUCGUUGAAGAAUAGCCUCAGGACAAAUCUGUGAUGUGUAACCUUCAAAAUCCAAAGAAAAUGGUCUCUAGUCGCCCAAAAAAUUAAGAAAAUGCCAUCGGAAAAUAAAUUGGGACAAAUAGGUGCAUAAUGGACUUAUCAUCUGUGGAGAAUAGGAUCAAUAGACUUCAUUAUGAAUGGAUAAUAGCCUUGUCCUGAAUACGUGAUCUGUAGCCUCCAGAUUCAAAGAAAAUGGCAUUUAGGGAAAAUCGCCCAAAAUCUGUGAUGGUACCCCUUUGGAAUCCGCCAAAAAUUGACCCGAAAUAAAUUCUCCCAAGUCGAUGCUUAAUGGACUUAAUCAUCGUUGAAGAAUAGCUUCAGACCGAAUUCGUGUCUGUAGCCUUCAAAAUCCAAAGAAAAUGGCCUUUCGUAGCCCAAAAAAUUACGAAAAUGUAAUCCGAAAAUAAAAUGGGCCAAAUCGGUGCUUAAUGGACUUAUCAUCUGCGUAGAAUAGGAUCAAUAGACUUCGAUAUCGGUGGAGAAUAGCCUUGUCCUAAAUCCGUGAUCUGUAGCGUCCAGAAUCGAAAGAAAAUGGCAUUUCGGGAAAAUCGCCCAAAAAAAGUGAUGGUACCCCUUUGGAAUCCGCCAAAAAUUGACCCAGAAUAAAUUCACCCAAAUCCGUGCUUAGUGGACUUGAUCAUCGUUGAAGAAUAGCCUCAGGCCAAAUCCGUGAUCUGUAGCCUUCAAAAUCCAAAGAAAACGGCCUUUCACCGCACAAAAAAUUACGAAAAUGUAAUCCGAAAAUAAAAUAAGCCAAAUCGGUGCUUAAUGGACUUAUCAUUUGCGUAGAAUAGGAUUAAUAGACUUCGUUAUCGGUGGAGAAUAUCCUUGGCCUAAAUCCGUGAUCUGUAGCCUCCAGAAUCGAAAGAAAAUGGCAUUUCGGGAAAAUCGCCCAAAAUCUGUGAUGGUACACCUUUGGAAUCCGCCAAAAAUUGACCCGGAAUAAAUUCUCCCAAAUCCGUGCUUAAUGGACUUGAUCACUGUUGAAGAAUAGCCUCAGGCAGAAUCCGUGAUCUUUAGCCUUCAAAAUCCAAAGAAAAUGGAGUUUCGUCGCCCAAAAAAUUACGAAAAUGUUAUCCGAAAAUAAAUUGGGCCAAUUCGGUGCUUAAUGGACUUAUCAUCUGCGGAGAAUAGGAUCCAUAGACUUUAUUAUUGGUGGAGAAUAGCCUCGGCUUGAAUCCGUGAUCUGUAACCCCCAGAAUCGAAAGAAAAUGGCAUAUCGGUAAAAUCGCCCAAAAUCUGUGAUGGUACCCCUUUGUACUUUGCCAAAAAUUGACCCGGAAUUAAUUCGCUCAAUUUCGUGCUUAAUGAACGUAAUCAUCGUAGAAGAAUAGCCUCAGGUCGAAUCCGUGAUCUUUAACAUUCAGAAUCCAAAGAAAAUGGCCUAUUGUCAACCAAAAAUAACGAAAAUGUCAUCCAAAAAAAAUGGCAAAAAUCGGGGCUUGAUGGACGUAAUCAACCAUGGAGAAUAAGAUCAAUAGUCUUUAUUAUCGUGGGAGAAUAGCCUCGGCCUGAAUUAGUGAUCUGUAGCCUCCAUAAUCGAAAGAAUAUGGCAUUUCCGGAAAAUCGCUCAAAAUCUAUAAUGGUACCCCUUUGGAAUCUGCCAAAAAAUGACCCGAAAUAAAUCCGUCCAAAUAAGUGUGUAAUGGAAUUAAUUAUCGUUGAAGAAUAGCCUCAGGACAAAUCCGUGAUCUGUAGCCUUCAAAAUCCAAAGAAAAUGACCUUUCAUUGCCCAAAAAUUACGAAAAUUCCAUCUGGAAAUACAUUGGGCCAAACCGGUGCUAAAUGGACUUAUCAUCCAUGGAUAAUAGGAUCAAUAGACUUCAUUGUCGGUGGAGAAUACCCUCGGCCUGAUUCCUUGAUAUGUAGCCUCAGAAUCGAAAGAAAAUGCCAUUACGGGAAAAUCGCCCAAAAUAUGUAAUGGUACCCCUUUGGAAUCCGCCUAAAAUUGACCCGGAAUAAAUUCUCCCAAAUUCGUGCUUAAUGGACUCAAUCAUCGUCGAAGAAUAGCCUCAGGCCCAAUCUGUGAUCUAUAGCCUUCAAAAUCCAAAGGAAGUGGCCUUUAGUCGCCCAAAAAAUUACGAAAAUGUCAUCCGAAAAUAAAUUGGGCCAAAUCAGUGCUUAAUGGACUUAUAAUCUGCGAAGAAUAGGAUCAAUAGACUUUAUUAUCGGUGGUUAAUAACCUCGGCCUGAAUCUGUGAUCUUUAGCCUCCAGAAUCAAAAGAAAAUGGCAUUUUGGGAAUAUCGCUCAAAUCUGUGAUGGUACCCCUUGGGAAUCUGCCAAAAAUUGACCCGGAAUAAAUCGGCCCAAUUCUGUGCUUAACGGACAUAAUAAUCGAUGAAGAAUAGCCUCAGGUUGAAUCUGUGAUGUGUAGCCCUUAAAAUCCCAAGAAAAUGACCUUUCGUAGCCAAAAAAUUACGAAAAUGGCAUACGAAAAUAAGUUGACACAAAUCGGUGCUUAAUGGACUUAUCAUCCAUGGAGAAUAGGAUCAAUAGACUUCAUUUUUGGUGGAGAAUAGCCUCGGCUUGAAUCCGUGAAUUGUAGCCUCCAAAAUCGAAUGAAAAUGACAUUUUGAGAAAAUCGCCGAAAAUCCGUGAUGGUACCCCUUUUGAAUCUGCCAAAAAUUGACCCGAAAAAAAUCCUCCUAAAUCGGUGCUUAAUGUAUGUAAUCAUCGUAGAAAAAUAGCCUCAGGUCAAAUCCGUGACAGAAUAAAAAGAAAAUGUCCUUUUGUCAACCAAAAAUUGCGAAAAUGCGAUCCAAAAAUAAAUUGACCCAAAUUGGUGCAUAAUGGACUUAUCAUCUACGGAGAAUAUGAUCAAUAGACUUCAUUAUGGGUGGAUAAUAGCCUCGGCCUGGACCAGUGAUCUGUAGCCUCCAGAAUCGAAAGAAAAUGACAUUUCGGGAAAUUGCCCAAAAGAAUACCCUCAAGUCGAAUCCCUGAUCUGUAGCCUUCAAAAUCCAAAGAAAAUGACCUUUCGUUGCCCAAAAAUUAUGAAAAUGUUAUUCGAAAAUAAAUUGGGCCAAAUUGGUGCUUAAUGGACUUAUCAUCCAGGGAGAAUAGGAUCAUUAGACUUCAUUGUCGAUGGAGAAUAGCCUCGGCCUGAAUCAGUAAUCUGUAGCCUCCAGAAUUGAAAGAAAAUGGCAUUUCGGGAAAAUCGCCCAAAAUAUGUGAUGGUACCCCUUUGGAAUCCGCAAAAAAUUGACCGGAAUAAAUCCGCUCGAAUUAGUGCUUAAUGGACUCAAUCAUCGUUGAAGAAUAGCCUCAUGCCGAAUCUGUGAUCUGUAGAUUUCAAAAUCCAAAGAAAAUGGCCUUUCGUCGCCCAAAAAAUAACGAAAAUGUCAUCCAAAAAUAAAUUGUGUCAAAUCGG